CACGGCACAACCGGCUCAACACGGACGGCCCGGAGCGACACCGGUGCCCACCGAGCUCCGCCACAGAGCGCCGGAACCGGAAGUGAGCGGCGGCCAGGCCGGAAGAGGAAGGGUUGAGGGACCGGCCAAGAUGGCGGCGGUGAGAGUGGAGGUGUCGGUGCUACCGGACUCGGUGCUGCUGCAGAUCCUGGCCCUGCUGCCGCCGUGGGACCGGCUACGGGCGGCCGGGGUCUGCCGGCGGUGGCGGCGGCUGGCGUUGGACCGGGCGGUCUGGAAACACGUGGAUCUGAGCCAGCGCCGGGCAGAGACUGAGGGGGGGUUGGGAUCACCCCAUUGCACUCAGGGGUCCCCCAUUCCCCCCUUGUCCGCAGCUCAGCUCCGGCUCCCUGUGGCAGCUGCUCCGCCGUGUGCUGCCUGCAGGGCUGAGCACCCUACGGGCCCGUGGCUGCCUCCUGUCGGCCUCCCGGCAGCGCCUGCUGUCCCCAGCCCUGCUCAGCGCCCUGGGCAAGCGCUGCCCACAGCUGCGGUGCCUGGCGCUGAGCGAGACGGAUCUGCGCCGCAUCCCCUACGCCAGCGUCCCUGCAUCCCUGACGGCGCUGGAGCUGCGGCGCUGCGAGCUGCCCAUCUCCUGGUUCCAUCCCAUGGCCCCAUCCGGGACUCUGCGUCGCCUCCUGCUCCAUCACGUCCCUGCUUUCGCCGACUGGCACCUGAUGGCUGCCUCCUGCCAGCAUCCGCUGCGGGUGCUGAGCCUGCGGGGCACCCAUCGGGUGACGGAGGCCGGGUUGCUGCAGGCGGCUCCGCAGCUGAAGGGGCUGCGGCACCUGGAGCUGUGGGGCUGUGGUGCCGGCGAUGCCACCAUGGGGGCCAUUGGGAGCCACAUGAAGCAGCUGCGGGUGCUGGAGGUCGUGGAUUGCCCCGUGAGCAGUGCAGGAUUGGGCCCUCUGAAGAGCCUGCAGGGCCUGGAGAGGCUUUGCCUGGAGCUGGGGGAGAAGGUGGCUCCCAAGGCUGUGAUUGCCUUGGCUCAAGCCCUGCCCCGGCUCCGGGAGCUCCAGAUCGUGGGGGCUUGCUCGGGAAUGGAUGAAAUCCGGCUGAGUUUGUCCCAUUGCAGCUGCUCCCAUUCUCCUCAAGCCCCAGACUGAAGCAGCAGCUUUGGUGCUGGGCCUCCAGCGCUGCCUUUGGGGCCACAGUGGCCACACCAUGGGGAGUACAUCACCUAAAGGGCUGUGUUGGGAAGUUGGGAUUGGGGGGGAUCAUCCCACAUAUCCCCCCACACACACUGUUUUCUAUGGAGCAGGGGAAUAGGGAAGCCAGGGAGCAGCCAUCUCUUGGGAAUGCCACGGAGGAGGUGACCAGAAUUCCUUCUGCUCCUCUUCCCUCCACCCCAGUCAGUAUCCAGCUCCAAUGGCUCAAGCACCCCCCUCAUGCUGGGGAAGAGCUGGAGGCCUCAGCCACACGUUCCUGCUCCAGGCAGGAGCACUUCCCAAUCCAGGAUGGCCUUGCUUGGAAUUCCACUCUUCAGGCUGCUCCUUGGGAAGCUUUAAUGCAUUGGAGCUUCCUGGAUACCUGCUCCUGCAGGGGCUCCACAUUGGGCAUCACCACCUUUCCCUAUUGCCUUCUGUUGUCCACAUCCUCCUCGCUGCCAGCUCAGGUGCCUUGGAAUGCUGGGACAGCCCCAUUCCGAGGUUAUCCCAUCAACCAAUGAUAGGUUGGGAUGAUUCCUUGUGUUUAUUAAAUCAAACUGUUUCCCA